CCCCGCCCCCAGAGGAAGGUUUCUGCAGCUGGAGGCCGAGCCUCCGCAGGGAGGUAGCCCUCCCCAGCCCUAACCAUGGCUCAGGGGUCUGAAAACUACGACCCCAUCGGAUCCAUCUUAAUCCAGGUCCAUGAAGAUCUUCAUCAAUUAAAGGAUAAAUUAACAAAAUUCUCACCAGAGCAGCAAGGAGAGACUCUAGACAUUCAGAAUCUUGAAACGGCAAUCCAAAGGACUGAACUGGGGUUAAGAAUUCAUAUUGAGAAGUAUUUAGAUGUUGUAAACCAUCAUGUAUUAGUGACUCCUAUCAAUGACAACUUACAUUCUUCUCUGGCUUCCAAAUGGCUGCUUCCAACUCUAAUUGACCAGAAAUCAUUUGUUUUCCCUCUGGGAACUGAGAGUAAAGUGUGGCCAACCCCAAAACAGCACAAGUCACCUCCACGUGUCUUUCCAAGAGCAAAGCAAAAGAUAGGGUUGAAUGUAAAAAUCUUGCAGGAUCCUGAAAACAUCCACCACAGAGCUGCUGUAAAUGCGAACUAUGGAAUCAGUUUGCCAUAUAUUAAUCAGAAAAAAGCACAUGUGAAGGCUCAGAAGUUAAUGAAAGGGUCCACUAUAUCCAACCUCACAGUUCUGCCCUCUUCUCAUCGCGCGGAUCCCUAUUUCAUCCCCAUACCAGUCUUACAAAAGGAUGCCAGUAAAGGGAUUUUAAACAUGAUAGAACGAGGCUUGAUUCCCCCCACAGCAAGGAUUACUUUCAAGAAUCCACCCGUUAUGCCCAGAGCAGCUCCUCUGCAUAGUUUUGGUAAAUCGCACAAGAUUCCAGUCUCCGCCUCUUUCUAUGGACCUCAGAAACCACCGCUGGCUCCAACAGAAGUGGAGGUGUCGCCCAAGAAACAAAAGCCAAAGGUGAAAGGCAGAAGGUCAAAAGGACAUCUUGAUAAGAAGGGCAUGAAAAGCAUCUCAUCUUCUAAAGCUCAGAAAUUACCAUGGGAUUAUGACUUUUUCAUUUAUGAUGGCUUCAUAGACAGGACAGCCCCAGACUUCAUUGCAUUCAAAGAGCAUUUUAGCUUAUCUUGGGGGAGUAUUUUUUCUCUCUUGGAACAAAUUGAGAAGUUUCUCAGGGACUACGCAAUACCAGAAGUCAAAAUUAAAGGGAAGAAGUUGCUGACCCUCCUUCCAGAGUUUGAGCUGAAUAAUAAACUUACCCGAAACAACUUCCUCUCAGUGCUGGAGAACCCAGUUCACGUCCAAAUGCUGCUAAACCGCCCAGGACAGAGGUUCAAGGGCCAAGGUGGAAAGGCAGAGGCUGCCAUCAAGAUCCAAGCCACCUGGAAAUGCUACAAAGCAAGAAAAUUCUUCCUCGUUUACCGCCAGCAGAAGUGGGCGUCAGGUGUGAUUGCCCUUGCUUGGCUUUUACGUUGCCAUAAGACGCGACUGAAGAAGAUCCUGAAGGAAUCUCGUCAGAGACACCUGGAGAAUUUCCGAAUCCGAGCCAAGCAUCUGGCAGCCAACUGGAAUCGCAUCAGGACCUCCAGGAGGACGAUUAUCCAUAUCCCAUCAUUAGGAUAUUCCCAGCAUGCGCGAGAAGGUGUCACCGACCUCAACAUACAGCAGAACAGGCAGCUGGGGCGGCUCUGUGACGUCAUAGACGCCAAUGUGAACGUCAUCUACAUCUGCUCCCAUCAUAUGAAUGACGAGUUAGUGCUGUAUUAUAAUAAAAUGCUGAGUCUACAUGCAGCUGUCAAAUCAGGGAACCUUGAGGACAGAAGUGACCUGCAGGACAGGUUCAAAAUUAUCACCCCUGAAGCUGUAAACUUCUUCCCUAUGAUAGAACAGCUGAGCCAGCUGGUGACCGAUCACCUGCGAAUCCAACGCUGGCUCUUCAAAAUGGACUCAGAGUUUGGAGGAAACGGGACAGCAUUUUGUGACAUUCCUUCCCACCUAAAGUGCUACAAGUGGGUGCUGAAGGAGAGUGACAGAUAUGGCUCCAAAGACUGGAACAAGAAGUGGGCACAAGAGCCAGCUUUGGUGAAGAUCUCUGAGGAGCUGGCGGGCAUUUUAGCACAGCACGCACAGCCAGUCAAUGAGAAACGGUUCCCGACGUGGAGGAAAUUCCUCCAAACAUUUCUCAGUCAAGGGGGCGUGAUUGAAGCAUUCCCACCUGCAGAUAGUAUCACCAACCUGACGGUGGAUAUGCUGAUAGAGCCUAAUGGAGAAAUCAGGUUGCUGUCAACAGGAGACCAGUUUCAUGCCGAAGGCCCCUUCAUUUCCUCCGGGACUACCAUGCCUCAGACCUCAGUAGACCCCCAAGUUCUCAGUUCUUUGUGUCUCCAAAUUGGAGAGGCCUGCAAGAUGAGAAAUGUGAUCGGGUACUUUUCUGUAGAUCUGGUGACGUUCAUUGAUCCACGCACCUUGGAACAGCAGGUAUGGGCGACGGACCUCAGCAUCUCCUAUAGUGACCAGUUGGCCCUGACUCAGCUCACCCUGUAUCUGACAAAUGGCCAUCUGGAUUGCAGUUUGAGCACCCUUAAAGUGCCCCCCUACGUCCCAAGGAAAGAAAGGAGGAUGAAGCCCUGCAGCUCCCUGUCAGCACCGUCACCGGCGACCAGUCGCUAUGCUGUGAUGACCUCCCAGCUGAGGCACAACAAUCUCUCACUGGUUUUCCACUAUGUCUUUCUCCAGAUGUGUAAGGCCCACGGCAUUGGCUAUGACCUUGAGGACAGACAAGGAACCAUUUUCAUAUUAUAUGAACACCUGAAGAGAGACAAGCUGGGCAUGCUAACAAUCGGUGUGGAUCUCCAGGGGGUCCUCAUGACCUUUGCUCGCAAUCUCUUCAUCAUCCAUCAAGAAAUAUCAGCACCUAAUAUGCAAGGCGAGACCAAUUUUAAGACCACCAUUGAUGAUAUUGAAAGUAUUCUAGGAGUAACAGAAGAAAACAAAAUCAGAUUUGAAGAGCAACUGUCCAAAGACAGUGAGGACCCCUCCAAGCCUAAUAAGUGAUCCCAAGACACAUUAAGAUUUUGGAUCCCAGCCUGGAGCAGGAAAGGGCAGUAUUUCUUUUGCAAUAGGAAUAAAAGCCGAGGACAUGAGUUUGUUUCGUUUUCUAAGAGACAAAUCAGAACAGAUUAUAAUGUAACAUUCUUUUCAAAACUGUGUUUAUUAAGUGAUAUUAUCUCACCCUUUAAAACCCAAACUCAUUGGUGGUCUCACUUGAGAGUGUCAAAAACGAUUCCUUCCUCUUCCCGAACCAGAGAAAAAAAUAAUCUUACAAAAGAAAAAAGUGACAAGUCUUAUUGGUCCUUCAUCUACUUCUCUGCAAGCUCCGGGGAUGGUACACUUCUCCUGUGUUAUGUUUUAUGAAGUUCUCUCCGAUUUUUAAGAGUAAUGUAUCGUCUGCAUUUCAAAUGUUGA